GUUGCACACCAAGGGCACAUAUAUAACUGUUGUCUGUCGCCCUCAGGAACAAUCCACCGCCAUGAUUCACUUCGCCUGUGUCCUGACGGUGGCCGCCGCCGCGCUCUCGUCUGCGACAGGCGCUUCCCUCGUCCAGGCCGUCGGCGACGUGCCGCUACAGGUUGGCUCCGCGCUGCACCUUGAUUGCAGCGUGCAGCGCCGCUACCGCUACUGCCUGUGGGAGGCUGAGGACGGCCGCGUCUUUCAGUGAACUGAUAAGAGCAGGCGCGUUAAGGCGUCACCAUCCUGAGGGAAAGGGACGUCUUCCUAUAGCUUAAGGCGCCACCAUCAUCACCCACACACUGCUUGCUGGGGAACGUUCCAGUCUGUUCCAAGACAGCAAGCCUCCCUCACCAGCAACACCGCCACGCGCCACACAGCUGCACACAGCCUCGAGUGCACAGCGUGGGAGCAGGACACGUGCCUGGGAGAGUUGCACACCAAGGGCAUAUAUAUAAGUUUUGAGUGUCGCCGGCAGGUACAACCCACCGCCAUGAUUCACUUCGCCUGCAUCCUGACGGUGGCCGCCGCCGCGCUCUCGUCUGCGACAGGCGCUUCCCUCGUCCAGGCCGUCGGCGACGUGCCGCUACAGGUUGGCUCCGCGCUGCACCUUGAUUGUGGCGUGCAGGGCCGCUACCGCUACUGCCUGUGGGAGGCUGAGGACGGCCGCGUCUUUCAGGUGGAGGACGUGCGCGCCGGGCGCCACGUGGGUCUCAGGGCGCCGCACAACCUCACCCACAACCAGUGCGGCAUCGUGGUGGAGCAGGCCGCGGCCAGGGACGCCGGCAGAUGGACCUGCAGAGUGUUCCUGCAAGGGAAGGCCCUGACCACUGUGAGGAAUGUCCGCAAGGAAGCCAAAGGGUGCACGAAUCCCUUUGUGGCUGUGGGAACUGGCUGCUUCUAUUUCAAUCCUGACCUCGCUCUCAACUGGGGCGAUACGCGCGCCUUCUGCCACAGUCUGUCCACAGACGCAGACCUGGCGGUGGUGGACGACUGUCACCAGCUGGAGCUGAUCUGGGGCCACAUUGAGGUCAACUAUGGUCCCAACUACUUCUGGCUCGGCGCCACGGAUGAGUAUGACGACGAAGUGUGGCGUUGGGUGGACGGGACACACGUGCCCAUGGGAACACCCUUCUGGGCACCCUCAGAGCCCAACAACCUUGGCGGUAACGAGAACUGUCUGACUAUUCAGUCAGGCACUGGUUACUUCAAUGACCUGAACUGUACGAGAGAAACUGUCCAUGUCAUGUGUCAGGACAGGUCUCCGUAGCUUUCAUCUUCUAUCUCCGAAUACACAAGUGAAGCUGCUGCUGCACUCUUCAUGCAGAGAAAAAAAAAAAAAAAAGAUUUCUUCACUUCACUAAAGUUCCAUAAAACAUGCCAUAUUUUCUUGCUUUUACUUAAACAAUAAAAUGCAAACAAAUUCC